GAGCGACGGGCAGCACGGCUGGGUUUAUUAUUGAUUUAUUGAUCCAGUAAUUGAGUUUAUUGAUUAGUUACACCUGCUGGCCUGCUUUAGCCUGAAAUCUGAUACUGUAUGAAGCUUCCAUGAAGCCAAAAGCAGGCAGGAAUAUCAGCCUAAACUAAUGUUCUGCUGUUUUCAGGGUUUACAGGUGAAAUAAGUGGAGUAAAGGAAGGUUUAUCGGCUGUAUUUGUCGGGUUUUUCGGGCUGUCAGUCGCUGUAGCUGCUAAAUCCUGCUGGAGCUGAUUCUACUGACUGAAACCAAACCAGAUUAUGAGAAGCAACAACUACUCAACUAAAUACUAGAAGAAGAAUUUCAGGAAGUUUGAAAGUAUUCUCAAGUGCAGUUGCAGCAAAACCCAUCAAAAACAUUAUAAUGAUGGAACUGGCACUCAUCAGGACCAACCCAGGAAAGGACAAGCGAGAGUUUCCUACAGAGUAUUUAUUAGGAGGUAUGGAGGACUCUAUUGAGAUCUUCCUGCAGGAGCAGAACUGCACGUUACUCCGGCGGUACCGGGAGAACCGGACCCUCACCCUGGUGACCGGAGCCGUGUUCUCCGGUGUGUACGGGCUCUGGGUCAUGUUCUGCAUGCCCGGGCUGAGGGUGCCCUUCAGACUGAAGGUGCCCUACCUGCCCUCCACCAGCGCCCAGACCCAGAACGUCAUGAAGCUGCUGGACGGGCGGCGAGGCCGGCUGGCUGAUCUCGGCUCUGGAGACGGGAGACUGGUGUUUGCGGCGUGCUCCUCAGGGUUCCAGUGCACCGGGUUCGAGAUUAACUCCGUGCUGCUGGCGUACUCUCGAGGCCGGGCGUGGUGGAGAGGAAUACCACACACUAAAGCCACCUUUAUAAACCAGGAUUUCUGGAAGACAGAUCUGUCCAAAUACUCGAACGUCAUUGCGUUCCUGGCACCUGAUGCGGAUCUGGAGGAGAAGCUGAUGGAGGAGCUUCCUGAUGACGGGCGGGUGGUGGUGUGCCGGUUCCCGCUGCCCCGCUGGCCUCACAGCUCCACCCGGGGAGCAGGUCUGGAUCAGGUCUGGGCGUACGACGUCUGCACUGCUCGACACGGAACCCACACUUCCUCUCUGAAACCGCAGCCUAAAUCGGACGUUGCUCAAUAAAGCCUUUGUGUUUCACCUCA